AUGAGAAAAGCUGGGCGGAAAAUACUUUUGCUAAUGGACCAAGCCUCACCACACACUCUUGAAGAGGGAUUCGUUCCUUCAAAUAUUAAAAUACACUAUCUUCCUUCUCAUACGACAGCAUAUUUGCAACCUUGUGAUGCUG